CACGACCAAGCGGGGGAGCAUGAGCCGCGACGCCGAAUACUGAAACCUAGAGUACAACUGGGCACGAGGCGGUAUCGGAUGAGGGGGUUUAGGUAAGGCCGGGCCACCGAUCUCAUAUAACCUCAAUCCCCCUUCAAUCCUCCAUCAGCCCCAUCUACCCCACCACACCCACACCAUACUCCAUCCGAAACUUCAUCACCACAAAGCAGUCAUGGGCUUCACCAAGGAAAUCCUGUCCGCAGGCAACGGAGUCAACUUCCCCAAGAAGGGCGACAAAGUCUCUAUGCACUACACCGGAACCCUCGUCGACGGCAAGAAGUUCGACUCCUCCCGCGACCGCGGCCAGCCAUUCGUGACUGCCAUCGGAGUUGGCCAGGUCAUCGGAGGUUGGGAUGCGGGCGUUCCCACCAUGUCUCUGGGUGAAAAGGCCGUCCUUACCAUCACUGCUGACUCCGGCUACGGAGCUAGGGGAAUUCCCGGUACGAUCCCGCCGAACGCGACUCUCGUCUUCGAGGUCGAACUCCUCAAGAUCAACUAGUUUAGUGUAGUUGAACGUCAACCCUCAGUCAAACGGGCUCGCAGACUGUGUUGCUGAAUGAUUACGCCGAUAUCUUUUCUAUUCACAAUGUGAUUCUGUUCACGCCCUCGUCUGAUUUCCUGUCACUGAUACAACU